AUGACUACCGAAACUGAAGAGAAGACCACUUAUCGCUAUCCAUUUAUGAGAACAACAACUGCGAUGCAGAGAACUCCUCGCUAUUCACAUUGGCCAACUGAAAAUGGGAAGACGACCACAUAUCGUUAUCCAUAUAUGGAAAAAACAACUCCGAAGCCGUGGACUCGUCGCUAUCCAUAUCCGACCACCCGACGUUAUUCAUAUCCGACCAGCCGACGUUAUCCAUAUCCGACUACCCCAGAUACAACUUGGUGGUGGUAA